AUGGAAGACCCCAAUAGACCUGUCACAGGCUAUCCCGCCGCCGCCCAUAAUCACAAUCCCAACGGUUACGCCAAUCCACCGCAGUCCGGCACCGCCUACCCUUACGCCGCCCCUCCCCCAACCACCGGCUCCUACAGUUUCCAGAAUAACCCUUACAACCAGCAGAAUUACUACCAGGACGCAAACUCCGCCCGCCGCGCCACCUGUCUCCGCCGCAUCUUCGCCUUUAUUAUUGGGCUUAUUAUCAUAUUGGGUACCAUCACUUUUAUUGUUUGGCUUGUCCUCCGCCCCCAGCUCCCUGAGUUCCGAGUUGACUCGUUCUCCGUUUCUAAUCUCACCGUCGGUAAUAAUUCUCUAGUCUCGUUCACUUCGGAGGCCCGGCUCACCGCCCGGAACCCGAAUAAGAAAAUGAAACUUGAUUACGAUCGUAUUGAGGCUGAAGUUUUUUACAAAUCAGGUUCUCUUGCUGAUACCACCAUUCCUCCGUUUCACCAAGAUACCAAAAAUGAAACUUCUAUAAAGGCGAAUUUCGCUGCAGCUGGGAGUUAUGUGGAUAAGAGGGUAGUGGAUGGGAUUAAUUGGGAUAGGAGCAAAAAUGGGAACGUGGGAUUCAAUCUGAGGGUGAUUUCUAGGGUUAAGUUUGAAGCGAAGGCGUGGAGGACGAGAAAAAGGUUUUUGAAGGUGUUUUGCGGGGAUUUGGUUGUUGGGAUUCCGAGUAAUGGGAGUUCCGGAAUGUUAACCAGUGUGCAGAAGCAGUGCCGUGUCGGGAUCUAA